AUGUUCAUUUUAACGACAUCAUCAUCAUCAUCAGUCAAUAAUAAUUUCAAACGUCGACUAUCAAGAAAUAUUCUAUCUAAGACUUUAAAUUUUACAGAUGGUGAUGUUAUUAAUUUACCAACAAAUGAGAUAGGAUCAGAUAGAUAUAAUAUAUUCACAGAUAUAACAACUUUAACAAAAACACAACUUAAAGUUAUUAUAACUGUUGUUAUUAUUAUUAGUUUUAUUUUGCUGAUCAUUGUUAUAUUUCGAUUUAAAAAUGCUUGUCGUAAUCAAGAACCAGAUAAUAUACAAACCGAAAUCAUUCGAAAUCGUGUUGCACAAUAUAGUGAACCAAGUUCAAGACGAGGAAGUGUUGGAUAUUAUACUCAAAAAUAUGUUCGUACACCAAGUAAUCGUUUUGACGAACAGUUAAAUACUUCGUUACCGGCAAAACGGUUAAGUAUUCCUGCUUGUGAUCAUUCAUCAAAAUCAGCAGCUGUCGUUGUUUUAUCGUCUUCAUCCAUUGAUACAACACUAAAAACAGACGUUCUACAUCAUCGUGAUGUCACCUCCUCCUGUGACACAUCGACAAUUCCUAAUCAGCAAAUAUCUCAUUCUUCAAAUUUGUCUAUUGAUAUAGAACCAAUUACACAUAAACCAGAUUCUGCUAUUGGCAUUAGUCAAGUAACACGAAAUCAUUCACGUCAACAUUCCAAUCGAAAUAAACGAACAAAAACUACUUUAAAUCGAACUAUUACUGAUGAAAAUAAUGGUGUAGAAUCAUUGCAACGAUUUGAAGUGGCUCCAAGGACAGAUGAUACUGUAUUAACAACACCGGUGGUGCACAGCGGUGGCUGCUCGAGAGGAAACAAUGCUAAUCAUUCCUACGAGCAACACCAACAUUUUGAGACUUCAGUUCGGAAUAAAAAUAUAGAUGAGAAAUAUGAGGAAUCAUUAGGAAUAAAAACAGAAACCAAACCGACUUCAUCAGAAAUAGUAGAAUCAGUAUUACUUCCAUCAUUAUUAUCAUCCACAAAUGAAGUAACGAGAUCAAAUGAAGAUGAUCUGUGUGACGAUCAAACACCAUUAUUAACAACAGAACUUGUAUCAACUAUUAAGAAUUCAUCGAACCAUACGGCUCGUAAAUAUUCUCUCAAUGCUCUGUUACCACUCGUGCGUCCUUCAAGCUCACAUCCGCUUUGUUCUUCAUUGACGUCUACUAGUGCCGUCGGCGAUAGUAACAACGGCAAUGGUAUCGAUUUAAAAACUCGACGUCGAGCUUCACUUGCAUCAACAUUACAUCGAAAUUCAAUCGCUAAACAAUCACAUAUAUUUUUUCCUACAAAUAAUUCUACAACUCUUAAUAAAAAAGUCUCACCACCACCACCUACUUCAUCACAUCCAAUCGAUUCAGAUAGUAGUGAUCGAACAUCAUUUCUAAAAAAUCAAUUAAAUUCUUUAAAAAAUCAUCACCGUAAAAAAUCUUCCAAUAUAAUACCAACAGGAACAACACCAUCAUCAUCUUAUCAAAAAGCUUUCAUGCAAAAAAUUGAACGUUUUCGCUUCAUUGAUGAUAGUGCUUCAAGCACAACAACAGUGACGUCACCUGUUGAAAGUAUAGAGCGUGUCAAUAAUCAUCAAGCGUGCAGUCAUUUAAUAACAAAUAAUAUUGAACAAUAUAAUGAUUAUAUGCAAACAAAACAUCUUAAUAAUACUGAUGACGAUGACGAUAUGAAUUCAUUAAUCGAUCGUCUUAAUGCAGAUAUAUUAACAAAUGGUUCUUAUUCAGAUUUAAAUAUUCUUAAUAAUACUUCUCCUUCUUCACAUACAAUAUUAUGCUCAAAGACAUUUAAACCGGUAAAUGGCAAAUCUUUACAACCAAUAACAAAUUUACCUCGCAGUCAACAAAAAGAAUAUCAUCAAUCUCCUCUAAUUACUAUUCCACAUUCAAAUACGGCUUUACUAUUAUCAAAACAACGAAAUCAAAUUGAUACAAAUGGACAUUCACGCUCAAUGGAAUUUCAUUCAAUAGCACGUAAAUGUGAUCUUAGACGACCUACUACACUUAUUUCAACAACUAAUGAAACAUCUUCAUCAUCAUCAACAACUACUCUUACAUCUAUACGUAGUUUGACUAGUUUAGAAUUUGAUGAUAAUACAAAACCAUCCGGUGUACUUGUUGAUGAUGAUUUUCUACCAAUGUCAUCACCAAUUGAUGAGCAUUUUUGGGAUAUGACUGUAAAAAAAACAUUCACAUAUAAACAAAAUGAAUGUUUUCCUAAUGUUGGUUCAUCACCUGAUGUUGAAAUAAAACGUUUUAAUUUACAAUAUUUAAAUACAUUAUCAGAAACAUCAUGUGAUGAAGAUGAUGAAGAUUUAAGUAUAUUAUCAUUGAAUCAACCGGAAAAAUUUUCUCUACGAGAAUUUCAAAUAAAACAAUUACAAAAACCUCUUGUUACAACAAAAUCGAUUUCAUCAGUACAAAAACAACAAGCAGAAGAAAUUAUAUCUGAUAAAUCUUCUUCAACUCCGUCCAUUAAUUCAACUGAACAGUUUAGUAUUAACAGUAAUAUGAAUUCAACAUCUCUUGAUCAAACGACUGAUGAAUCAUUAUCAUUAAAAUGUCCUGUACCAUCGCAAACAGCGACACGUUCAGAUUUUUUUUGUGAUACUAUACAAACAUCUAAUCAACAAUCUCAAAUCGUUUCCGAAGAAGAUGAUACACAAGAAAGUUCAACAAAUGAUAUAUCCGAAGGUGAUGAUAGUGCUGAUAAUGGUGAAAUUGAUCUUGUACAAGAAUUUGAAUUAUCCCAAAGAGAAGAACAAACUAAAACGAAUACUUUAUGGACAACAGAUGAUCGUAAUGUAUUUAUAAUGCAAGAAGAUGAUUUAAUUUCAGAUUUUGUUGCAACACCAACUAUAAUUAAUCGUAUUCAACCAACUUCAAUUAUGAAAAUAACAAAUAAUAAAAUAAUGGAUAGUGUUGAUGAACAACAACCACCACCACCACAACAGCAACAUACAUCAACUAUAUUAAAACCUAAAGUACGUUUUAAUCUUGAUCCACAAUAUGAACGUGACCGUGAAUGGAAUAAAGUGAAUAAAUUACUUGGAAAUAGUGUAGAAUGGACUGAUGAAUUUGAAGUAUAA